GGGGCGGGCAGCAGCGACCACGGUCUUCAGGCAGGGCUGCAGAUGCAGGCCCAACUCUACCUCGUGGGUCCAGCGUUGGGAGUCCGAGACGCAAGUGCAGCAGAGGGCGGGGCACGUAGCGCAUUUCCAGCGCAUUUUCUCUUUGCAUUCUCGAGAUCGCUUAGCCGCGCUUUAGAAAGGUUUCCAUCAGCUCCGAGUCCAUCUGACAAGCGAGGAAACUGAGGCUGAGAAGUGGGAGGCGUUGCCAUCUGCAGGCCCAGGCAACUUGCUACGGGAAGACCGGGGGCCAAGACCUCCGGGUUGGCUUUCCCAGGCCAGCUUGGGUCUUCGGGUGUCGGGAGCAAGGGCCCUGCUCCUUUCGUUUCCUGCACCCCUCGCCGCUGCAGGUGGCUCCCUGGAGGAGGAGCUCCCACGCGGAGGAGGAGCCAGGGCAGCUGGGAGCGAGGACACCAUCCUCCUGGAUAACAGGCAGAGGCCGGGAGGAACCCGUCAGUCGGGCGGGCAGGAAGCUCUGGGAUCAGCCUCAUGGAAGAGAAGCAGAUCCUGUGCGUGGGGCUAGUGGUGCUGGACGUCAUCAGCCUGGUGGACAAGUACCCUAAGGAGGACUCAGAGAUAAGGUGCUUGUCCCAGAGAUGGCAACGCGGAGGCAACGCGUCCAACUCCUGCACCGUUCUCUCCCUGCUCGGAGCCCCCUGUGCCUUCAUGGGCUCAAUGGCCCCUGGCCAUGUUGCUGAUUUUGUCCUGGAUGACCUCCGCCGCUAUUCUGUGGACCUACGCUACAUGGUCUUUCAGACCACGGGCUCCGUCCCCAUCGCCACGGUCAUCAUCAACGAGGCCAGUGGUAGCCGCACCAUCCUAUACUACGACAGGAGCCUGCCAGAUGUGUCUGCUACGGACUUUGAGAAGGUUGAUCUGACCCAGUUCAAGUGGAUCCACAUUGAGGGCCGGAACGCAUCGGAGCAGGUGAAGAUGCUGCAGCGGAUAGACGCGCACAACACCAGGCAGCCUCCAGAGCAGAAGAUCCGGGUGUCCGUGGAGGUGGAGAAGCCACGAGAGGAGCUCUUUCAGCUGUUUGGCUACGGAGACGUGGUGUUUGUCAGCAAAGAUGUGGCCAAGCACUUGGGGUUCCAGUCAGCAGGGGAAGCCCUGAGGGGCUUGUAUGGUCGUGUGAGGAAAGGGGCUGUGCUUGUCUGUGCCUGGGCUGAGGAGGGCGCCGACGCCCUGGGCCCUGAUGGCAAACUGAUCCACUCGGAUGCUUUCCCGCCACCCCGCGUGGUGGAUACCCUGGGGGCUGGAGACACCUUCAAUGCCUCCGUCAUCUUCAGCCUCUCCCAGGGGAGGAGCGUGCAGGAAGCACUGAGGUUCGGAUGCCAGGUGGCCGGCAAGAAGUGUGGCCAGCAGGGCUUUGAUGGCAUCGUGUCAGAGCCGGUGCGGUAGGAGGUGCCGGCUCCCCGCACACUAUGGAGGCUGACAUUGCGGCUGCAUCGCCUUCUCCCCUCCAUCCAGCCUGGCAUCCAGGUUGCCCUGCCCAGGGGACAGAUGCAGGCUGUGGGGAGGACUCUGCCUGUGUCCUGUGUUCCCCACACAUCUCUCCCUACAGAGCCUCAGAGCGAAUAAAUCUUCCUCAGAGCCAGCUUCCCCUGGCAGCUUCUGUCCUCGA